GCGCGCGUGCUUGCCUAGUGUAACGGUGGCGGGCUGCUGCCCCGGCAGGGGACAGGAUGGAGCUGGAGGGGCAGCCCCUGGGUUUGAACUUGUCUGAGCAGGAGAGCCCUUCUUUCCUACGAAGAAGGCCACCCUUGAGAAAGCUCAUCAAACACAGCACCCCUGAGGAAGCGGAAUUCAGCUGGAGCUUGCGGCUCCCCGGAGAUGCCUUGGACCUCAAUGAAGAGGGUCCUGCGGGUGGGUCCCCAGUGCCUGGACACUCUUUCCCGGGCCUCCGCACCUGCCUGGCAGGGGUCAGCUGGACCACCACCUUCAGAAGGAGGAGGCUUUCAACCAUCUGGGCUUCCAGCGGCUCCAGCGGGCACUCUCGGCCCGACGAGCCCCUCUCCGCUCCUGGGGGCGAUCUGCCCAUAGCGUCCUUGUUGGCGCAGCAGCAGCAGCGGCAGCAGGGCGAAUCCCUCCACACAAGCAGCUGGCCACGAAUCUCAGGGUUGCCAGGAAUUUCCAACACAUCCCAGAGGAAGAGACGAAACCUGAAGAAGCUGGCGGCCGUAAUGGAGCGAGUCAGGCAAUGGGAAUGGCACCUGCUUCAGAACAUCGAAGAGGCCACCCAGCACCAACUCACCGUCCAAAUCAGGGAGACCCUCAAGUCCCAGGAACUUCAGGUUCACGCCAACAAUCAGCAUCAGACCUCCCAAGUGUAG